CAGAUGUCUAGUUUAAAAUUAUCGGAAAUAAUAUACUUUAUUAUAUACAUAUAGAAUGACGAAAGAUACACAUUCUCCUCCCUCCGCUGCAUUCGACAGCGCGACCGAUCCAAUGGAACGACCACCGAGGAAUGACGUCACUGAUAAGGAGCAGUGGGCAGCGAGAGUGAUUCAGAGAACAUAUCGCGGAUAUCGAACGCGACGAGAAUUAAAAGGCUGUGGAAUAUCUGCGACCACGCGUUGGGUAGAGGUAGGUCGUUGUCAGCUACUGAAGAAGCUCGUUAUCUCACAGUGAUCCCCGGCCAGGCCGUCAAAGAAGCGGAAUGGCGCCUCCUCCAUCGCCCAUCGGCUCCAGAAGCUACCGUCGACAAUGAUAGUUCCGCACAUGCUCGGCGUAAUUGGCAGCGGGCUGUCAGUGUCGCCAAACG